AUGUCACAAGAAAGAAAAUCCAAGAAGCCUCCCCAAGGCGUCAAGGGCACCAAGGGUGGCAAGAGCAAGGGCAGCGGCGCGUCGGCAGCCCUCGCUUCUGCGUCCGGCUGGAAGGCGCUGGACGUGGGCGAUGAGCUGCUGAUGGGCGCAGAGGAGGGCGGCUUCGCCGGGCUGGAGAUCCUGGAGAACCCCCCCAUCUUCCAAGAUCCAGGCGAGCUGGACUUUGGCGCGGGCGGUGAGGAAACCCCUCAGAGCGAAGCAAAGAAGAGCAAGAAAAGCGGCAAGAAGCAGCAGCAGCCGCAGCAGCAGCAGCAGCGAGAGGAGGACGACGUUGCGCCAGGUGGCAAGGCAGCCAAGCGCAAGCGCGGCGCGGCCACGGCGGCGGGCGAGGGCGCCAUGGCUGACGACGUGGGGGCGCUGAGGGCAAGGCUUGCGGCGCUCGAGGCCGAAAACCAGGCCUUGAAGAAACAGAAGAAGGGGUGCGGCGCGGCCAGUGGGGGUACGAGCGGGGACGCGGCCGGCGCCGGCGGCCGCACGGCAGCGAAGGAGCGGGCGGAGGAUGGCGGCGGCGAGGGCGCCGGCGUGGGUGCCGAGGGCAAGCUGAGCCGGAAGCAGCGGCGGCAGCUGGAGCGCAAGCAAAAGGCGGAGGAGAAGCUGAGGCGCAUGUCGGAGGCGCGGAAGCUCAAGCGGCAGCAAAAGCGCGAGGGCGGCGCGGCGGCGGCGGGCGGCGCAGAUGGAGAUGCAGGGGUGGACGGGGAGGAAGGCGACGAGGCGCCCUCGUCGGCGGCCGGCGCCCGGCCGGGCAGCGCAGCGCUGACUCAGCUCCGCGCCGACGCGCUCGCGGCCGCCGCCGCCGCGGACAUGCGCGCGUGGGCGCCGCUGUGCCUGCACCCGCUGCUUGAGGGGGCGCUCGCGUUGCAGGGCUUCUCGGCGCCGACGCCGGUGCAGGCGGCGGCGGUGCCGCGGGUCAUGAGGGACAUGCGGGACCUGAUCGGGGCAGCGCAGACGGGGUCCGGCAAGACGCUGGCCUUUGGACUUCCAAUCCUGCAGCUGCUGCUCCAAGAACGCGAGGAGCGGCACGCCCGCGCCGUCGCGGCGGAUGAGGGGGACGAGGACGAGGGCGCCGGGGGCGCCGGCGGCGCGGCGCUGCGCGCGCUGGUGCUGGCGCCAACGCGCGAGCUGGCUCUGCAGGUGUGCGCGGCGCUGUCUGCCCUGGCGCGCGUCGCGGGCGUCGGCGUGGCGCCGAUCGUGGGCGGCAUCGCGGCGGUCAAGCAGGAGAGGCUGCUGUCGAGGCGGCCGGAGGUGGUGGUGGCGACGCCGGGGCGCCUGUGGGACCUGAUGAGCCAGGGCCACGCGCACCUGACGCGGCUGCAGCGGCUGCGGUUCCUGGUCAUCGACGAGGCAGACCGGAUGGUGCAGCAGGGCCACUACCAGGAGCUGUCAAACAUCCUGGACCUCAUACCCCGCCCCCUCGACCCCGAGGCCGCCGAGGUCGCCGACGGCUGGGCGGACGCGCCCCUGAUCGAAGGCGACGCAGGAGAGGGGCUGGCGGCCGAGGAGACCGACGGAGCAGCAGCGGUGGCAGUUGCGGGCAGCGGCGAGGAGAGGGCGCGAAGCGGGCGGCGCGGCAGGGCGCCGCCGCUGCAGACGAUGGUGUUUUCUGCGACGCUGACGCUGCCCGAUGCGCUGCGCAAGCGCCUGCGGCGCGGCGGCGGCGGGGCGGGCGGCGGCGCGACGCUGGAGGGGCUGAUGGGGCGCGUGCCGUUCCGGGGAGAGCCUGCUGUGGUGGACCUGACGACUGAGAGGAAGCUGGCCGACAGGGUUGAGGAGGCUUUCAUAGAAUGCCUGGAGGACGAGCGCGAGGCGGCGCUGUACUACCUUCUGGCCCGCCACCCCGGCCGCGCCCUCGUGUUUGUCAACGCGGUGUCCGCCCUGCGCCGCGUUGCGGCCGUGCUUAAGCUGCUGGGCCUGCCGGCGCAGGCGCUGCACGCGCAGCAGCAGCAGCGGCAGCGCCUCAAGGCGCUGGACCGCUUCAAAGCCAACGACAACGGCGUGCUGGUCGCCACUGACGUCGCCGCACGCGGCCUGGACGUGAAGGGCGUAAACACGGUGGUGCACUACCAGGUCCCGGCCAGCGCGGACACGUACAUCCACCGCUGCGGCCGCACGGCGCGCACGGGCGGCGCCGACGGCGUCGCCGUGACGCUGGUCAGCCCCGCCGAGGCGGCGCGCUGGGCGGCGCUGCUGCGCGCGCUGGGGCGCGCUGAGGCGCCGCCGCCGCGGUUCCCUGUGGAGCGCGCCGUGAUGAAGGCCGCGGAGCAGCGCGUUUCCAUUGCGGUCAAGGUCGACCAGAUCGAGCGCAAGCACCGCAAGGAGCGCGCGGAGACAGCCUGGGCGCGCAACAACGCAGACGCCGUCGGCCUCGACCUCUCAGACUUGGACGUCCCCGAUUCCGACGGCGAGCCCCCCGCCGCCGCCGGCGGCCCGGCGGCGGGCGGCAAGACCAAGCGGAAGCGGCGCGCCCCCGGCGCGGCGCCGGCCGCCGCGGCGGGGAUGGGCGAGCAGGAGGCAGCCCGGCUGGCGGCGCUGCGCGCGCAGCUCGCGGCGGCGCUCGCGGAGCCGCUGCAGGCGCGGGUGAGCACUAAAUACUUCACAGGGGGCGCGUCCGCGCUCGCGGCCAAGGCGGCGGCGGCGGCGGCGGCGGCGGGGACCAAGGGCGGCGUGGGGGAGGAGGGCGGGGCCCACGCUGUGCUGCCGGCCGACGCGAUUGCCCAGACGCUGCGCCUCGCGUCGCGGCUGCACUCCAGCCGCCGCGGCGACGACGCAGGCGGCAGCGAGCAGGGGCAGACGCAGGGGCAGGGCGGCGGCAAGAAGCGGCGGCAGCAGGGCGGCGCGGCGGCGGCGGCGCAGCAGCACAAGCAGCAGCAGCAGGCCGCUGGCAAGGGCAGCGGUGGCGCUGGAAAGGCUUCCAAAUCCCUCAACGCGGCGGGCCCAGACCUCUCCAGGCUGCUUAUGAGCAACAACGAGCGCAAGCGGCAGAAGCGCGGCGUCGGCGGCGGCAUGGUGGUUGUGGGGGCGGGCGCCUUUGGUCGGGACACACAGGGGGCGUCGGCGCUGGCCGUGCUGCGGCAGGCCGUGCAGUGA